UCCGCUCACGCUUCCGGCCGCGCUCUCCAGAGGCUCCCCCUCGGCGGCGUCUCUCCUCCUCCUCCUCUUCCUCUUCUAGCACCGCAGACCGGCGAGCAGCGACCGCCAGGCCCCGGAGCCCCAAUGAUCCUGCAGCAGCCCCUCGAGCGAGGCCUCGCAGCGAGGCCCCAGCGCGACUCGCGGGCCGACUCGGGAGUGUCCCGAGGCCUGAAUACGAGCUCCCCUCUGCGAGGAGCUGUGCCCAUGAGCACCAAGCGGCGUCUGGAGGAAGAGCAGGAGCCCCUGCGCAAGCAGUUUCUGUCCGAGGAGAACAUGGCCACCCACUUCUCCCAGCUGAGCCUGCACAACGACCACCCUUAUUGCAGCCCCCCGAUGGUCUUUCCCCCAGCUCUGCCCCCGCUCAGGAGCCCUUGCCCUGAGCUGCUCCUCUGGCGAUACCCUGGGAACUUGAUCCCCGAGGCCCUUCGCCUGAUGAGGUUGGGGGACGUGCCUGAUCCCCACUACCGUGCUGCGUCCUCCGCCGGGGACAUAACGGACCUCUGAGUGUUACACAAUGCCCCUGCUCACCACACAGGAGACCAGUGUGGCAUGAAAUGACCUGCUGCCCUGCUCAGCCUCUACACCCAUCUCCAAGGAAUGGGUGGGACGGCGCUCUCGUGCUCGCAGUGCAAAUAAAGAUCCGAGGAUAAAA